AUGCUACCAUGUAGAUCGGCCAAUGAGAGCACCUUUAUGAGCAUCGAAAAGGAUUUUCACAAUGUUGUAUCUGAUGUAAGUUCGAUAGACUGGUCUCAUCGUGGCGCCACUUGUCCAUCCCAUUUGAAAGUCCAAAUUAAUGCCUACGACAGCUACCAAUCACCUCCUACAAAACUUGAUCAACUAUAUAGUAAAGUAUCACAAGUGCCUAUUAUAAGGAUAUACGGUUCAUUAACAGUCGCACAUCAAGCCACCACUGUGAGUAACUCUCCCUUGAAGAAAGAGAUCAAACCGGAAACAGAUGGCGAUGAGAGGUUGCGGCUGCUGCAUUCCCUGGUGUUUAAUGUUGUUAUCCAUGUUCACAAUUUCUAUCCCUAUUUCUACGUUGAUUGUUAUGACACCGAUUACGAAAAAUUGCAAUCCCCAGAGUAUAUUGUCAAGGUGACCAACUACCUCGAAAGAAUCAUGGAACAUUCAUUCAAGUCGCGUAAAGCUAGGAAAGGAACGGAAGCACAAGAACUAGAAAGCGACAAUAAUAAUAACAAUGAUGAUGAUGAUGAUAAUGAUGAUCACGUUGAGGAAACCGGGUCCAAUAAGAAUGGAACAACUCCGAAUUUGCGAAGAUACAUUGCAAAUGUCUCAAUAUGCAAAGGCUUGCCUAUUUAUGGAUUUCAAUUGGGUUAUAAAUUGUUUUAUAAAAUCUCAUUACUAUCAUCGUUGUACAAGGGUAGGCUUGCCAGAAUGUUUCAGAAAAAUGAGAUCAGUUUAGUUAACUUUGACAAACUGCCACUUGAAAACGACACGUAUAAGCCAUAUUCGUACACAACACCGCUCUUCACCGAGCUUCACAAGCGGACAUAUAAUAAAGCGCAGCUAAGUUGCCUCGUGAGUUUUUUGCAGCCAUACAUCCUUCCCGAUAAUGUUUUGGUGGAUGGUAAUGGUGGCGGCGGCAAGACUGGUAAUUUCUGGGGCUUCAAAAGGAUUGGGAAAUCAAUUUUGGAGUUGGAUAUUACAACGAGUAGCAUAGUUAAUCGCAGUUGGCUUACCGCAAGAGAAUUGCACGAUGAUUUCACAGAACGUAAAACUUAUAUUGAUUAUCAAACUGACUUGAAACUUCUUGGAUAUCCAAGGCAUGGUUAUAAAUACGAGUCGGACGGCACUCCAAAAAUUUACUUGUCAUCCUUAAAGCAUAUAUAUAACGAUUUGAAGUACCAAUCUCGUUUAAAGGAUUCCAAGUUUGAUGUUGCGGUGGAUAUUUUAGAAUCCUCAAGUAGGUGCUACUUUGGUACGGGGUCUACCCCAUGGUCAAAUCAAGACCAAUUAAACGAGUUAUUGGAGUAUAUGGUUCUCAUCAAUGGAAAACUGACAACGACAAACUUUGACACUUUUGCAAACCGAUUUUUCAAAAAUAGGUAUCCUCCUCGCAAAAGUGAUAUUAUGAACAGCUUCCCAACUUCUUUCGACGCUAUUGAUGUUGAGAAAAAAUUGCAGUACCAUUCUCACAGAAUGAAUUUUGUUGAGGACAUUGUAAUGUGGGGAGACUACAUGAACUUGUUCAAAAUGCUGCAGCUGGUAAUUGAGUCAUCGUCGUCUCCUCUUACUAAUCGAUUUCGAAAUAUGCAAAGCUUAAAAGAAGGAGAUGAGGAUGAAAAUGAGGACGAAGAUGAAGAAGAGGACGAAGAUGAAGAAGAGGACGAGGAUGAAGAAGAGGACGAGGAUGAAAAUGAGGAAGAGGGUGAGGAAGAGGGGAAGGAAGACGAAGGGGAAGAAAACGAAAGUCUGGAUGGUCAUAAAAAGCAGGAUGCUUUCUGUAGCAAGACUAAUGUAAUGGAUAGGAUAACACCAGGUAGUGAGAAUGACAAAGUACAAAAAGAGACCAAGAAACAAGAAAAAGACCCUAUGGGAAACGACAGUAACAAGGUGGCAUUUUCUCAUGAUAAUUCUCAACAACAACAACAACAACAACAACAACAACAACAACAACAACAACAAACUAGUGAUUGCGACGAAAUGGAAAAUCAUUAUUACAAUUCAGUUCAAGAGUUUGAUGAAAUGAUCAUAAGGUCAAUGACACAGGCAAGAUCUCAAAACAAAUUUGCUACAAAGCCGAGUGAAGAUAAAGAUCUUAGCUCAACCAGUUUUACUCCCCUGCAAGGUGUUUACUCUCUUGGAAUUAUUGAGGCAGAAUCCCACACUUACGAAGUAGUAAUUCCUCCUGAAUUGAAGAAGGAAAAUUGGAAGAGUAUUUUUGAAUCUUGUGGAAUUUCAAACAUCAACUACAAAGAUCCAUUUUAUAACACAAUCUUUGAUGUUCCUAACAAACCUUUUAUCUUUGCAAAUCAAAAAAUUACCGUACCAGUUCGAAAUGAGCAGACCAUUCCGUCGUUGGAUGUUAUUAGGCCAAUACACACCCAACCAACAAAUUGGCCAUUAGAAUCUAGCUAUUCAUGCAAUUGGCAAUAUCUUACCGAGCCUCCAUCAAAACAAAGUGUACUUUUUUGGUUGAAGGAAGAGGAAAAGAAACAUCUAAAAAAGCAACAGGAAUACAAGUCCCAAUUGGAAGCAGGUGCCACCACACAAUCCAACGACAUUAAAUUCGGUCAUAGUCUCGAAAAAGUUUAUCGAAAACCUGAUGAAUUCAAUCAAAUAACUAGCUUACAUAUGGAAGUCCAUGCAAGUCCUCCAGAUUCAAAACUUGCUGUGAAUCCCUUGUGUGACCCGAUAUUAUUUAUUUUUUACUCCUAUGACGACGCUAAUGAAAUGUUUCGAGCAUGCUCUUUCAAAUCAGGUAUAUUAGUCUACAACCGUCAUCAAAAGUAUAACACCGAUUUGCUACGGCGCUUGGGUAAACUGUUGGGUCAAUAUAUUGAUAUUUUUGACGACGAACAAAGCAUGAUAAAUAAAUUUGUUGAAUUAGUUGAGAUUUUCGAUCCAGAUAUUCUAUCAGGUUAUGAGGUAAAUUCUUUAUCUUGGGGUUAUAUUGUGGAAAGAUCGAGAGCAGUCUUUGAUACCAACAUCAUGAGUGAUUUGAGUAGAGGUACGCAUAAAAGUAAUGGGAAGCUUGGAGAUAGAUGGGGCUAUACACAUACAUCUAACAUCGAGAUCAAUGGUAGGCAUAUUCUAAAUGUGUGGAGGAUCUUGAAAUCUGAUAUAAAUUUAACCAGCUAUACUUUAGAAAAUGUUUGUUACCAUUUGUUACAUAAAACAUUGCCCAGAUUUCUGCACCAUCAAUUAUCCGUAUGGCUACAAAUUGGAGACUUUCAAAGUUUAUACGUUGUUGUUUCAUACUAUCUCAAACGAAUUGAGCUAACCAUGAAGGUAAUUGAAGUCCAGGAACUAAUUACGAGAAAUGUAGAGCAUUCGCGAUUAAUUGGAAUUGAUUUCAACUCAAAUUUCUAUCGUGGCUCUCAGUACAAAGUGGAGUCCAUUUUGGCAAGAAUAGCAAAGUCGGAGAAUUUACUAUUAAACUCACCUUCCAAAGAUCAAGUUCAUCAAAUGAGACCAAUUGAAUGUAUUCCAUUGAUUAUGGAGCCGAAAUCAAAUUUUUAUAAAUCGCCCUUGGCUGUCUUGGACUUUCAAUCAUUAUACCCUUCGGUUAUGAUUGCUUAUAACUACUGCUAUUCAACAUUGGUAGGGAAACUACACAACUUCAAAUCCAAGAAGAAUAAUAUUGGAUAUUUGAGAAAUUUACAGUUACAGCCAGGCUUAGUAGACUUGUUAAGGAAAGACGAUGCGAUCAAUGUAUCUCCCAAUGGUUUUGUAUUUGUAAAGAGCAGUAUCAGAAAAUCAAUUUUGGCCAAGAUGUUGGAAGAAAUUUUAAACAUUCGUAUAAAGACGAAAUUUGUACUGAAAAUGUUUGACGAUGAUGCUGAGUUGAGAAAGCUAUACAAUGCGAGACAAACUGCACUAAAAUUAAUAGCCAAUGUGACGUAUGGCUAUACAUCUGCUAGUUUUAGUGGACGGAUGCCCAAUUCAGACAUUGCUGAUGCGAUUGUGUCGAGUGGGAGAGAAAUCUUGGACAAGUCGAUUGAUUUGAUCGAGGGAGGUGGAUAUGGCGCAAAAGUGGUUUAUGGUGAUACGGAUUCUUUAUUUGUUUACUUUCCGGGCCAAUCCCGAGCUGAAGCAUUCAAGCUGAGUAGAGAAAUGGCUAAACUUGUUACUGACUAUUUUCCUGAUCCUAUACGACUCCAAUUUGAAAAGGUGUACCAUCCAUGUGUUUUACUUGCCAAAAAGAGAUAUGCUGGGUAUUCCUAUGAGUCAGAGGAUCAAAAAAGACCAAAGUUUGAUGCAAAGGGUAUUGAAACUGUGAGGAGAGAUGGUAUACCAGCACAGCAGAAGAUUACCGAAAGGUCAUUGCGAAUAUUGUUUGAAACGCAGAACUUGUCAAAAGUUAAAGAGUACACAUUGAAGCAGUUCCAAAAGAUUAUGGAGAACAAAAUUUCGAUAAAUGACUUUUGCUUUGCCAAAGAGGUAAGGUAUGGAACCUACAAGGAUGAGAGAUAUUUGCCGCCUGGUGCAUUACUUGCAAGCAAAGCAGUAGAGGACGAUCCGAGAAAGGUGCCGCAAUACAGAGAGCGAAUACCCUAUGUUGUAGUGCGCGACACGUCAAAGGUACGAAUCAAGGAUCGUGUGAUGUUUCCAGAGGAUUUCAUCAACUCUCUUGGUACGUCAAGACCAAUGAUGCUUGACUACGAGUAUUACAUCACAAGAGUCCUAAUUCCGCCAUUGGAAAGGAUAUUCAACUUAAUGGGCGCCGAUGUUAAGGAUUGGUAUAACACGAUGCGAAAAUCGACCAAGAACAAUAUCACAAAUCCGUAUGACGACUCCUGUUUGGUUUGUGGCAGUAAAUUGGAUGGCAAUCAAUGUGCUUGUCUAAAAUGCUUGGGAGAUCCACAGCAGUUGGCUACUGAUAUUAUAUUGACGAGCAAGAAUGCAGAACGCAAACGGCUAAUGAUUGAGAAUACCUGUACAAAUUGUGGGCACAAUAUGCUUCUCAAUGGAGGAUCUUUGUCUCUGUAUAGGAAUAAUUGUACAAAUCGUGAUUGUUCUGUGUAUUUUAAUAAAGUGAAGGUCGAACAGGAGACAAUGCAACUAACUUACAAGAAGGAUAAAGUAUUGAAAGAAUUGGAAAUGUUGCAAGUGUCGGAAGAUUGGGAACUCUUCCAAUAUGAGCCCACUAAACAAGCAUGA